AAAGAGAGAUGCAGAGGCGUGGUCAUCUCGUACAGUGGUGGCAUUAAAACCACGUGUACCCACACACAGGGAAAAAUUCGCAGACAACUUUGGAAACUUAUACCAUCCGAAGCAAGCUUUCUAGACAGUCUACCAACUUAAACCGUCGCUUCAGAGGGGAUCUAAGAUUCGGUUAGCGGACAUGCCGUUGUAUGCACUCAAUCAGUUUCUUGAUUUGGAAGAGGUUAUGUGCAAGCAGCUGCUCAGUCUGGAUCUGAGGGAAACCACCGGACCCCCAGGCCUACCCCAGAGGCCCAUAGGCUACAAGAAACCCAGCGCUCCCUGCUCCCUGUCCUCCCUCUCCUCCUCCAGCUCUCCUCUGUGCCCUGACCCACCACAGCCUGCAGCCCUGGCCUCCAGCCACUGGGGGCAGCCCUUUGAGCGCUGUAACAGAAUGUCUUUCUGGGCGGAGCGAUCUGUCAGCAUGGUGGAGACCGGUUCCAGCAGUCUGGGUUGGGCUUCCUCUCCCGGCGAGCCCAAACAGCCGGCAUCUCUCAGCCCUUCUCCUCUCUCCUCCUCCUCCACCCUCCUCACCUCCCCCACAUCCUCCUCUUCCUCCUCCAUCUCCUCGCGCUACAAGACCGAACUGUGCCGCACCUUUGCCGAGAGCGGAAUCUGCAAGUAUGGGCCCAAGUGCCAGUUUGCCCACGGGCAAGAUGAGCUGCGGGAUUUGAACCGGCACCCCAAGUACAAGACGGAGCCGUGCCGCACCUUCCACACCAUCGGCUUCUGCCCCUACGGCAUCCGCUGUCACUUCGUCCACAACAACGAGGACGACCUGGGGCCCCCUGGCCGCCCGGGGCCUGCCCGCACUCACAGACCCCCUGUCUUCAGGCACAGCUUCAGCUUUGCCGGCUUUCCCUCGGCCCCCGCCCUGGAGCCAUCCUCCCUGCCCUCCCCGUUCCUCCGCACCCCCUCCGCCUCCCCCCCGGCUGCCGACAUCACAGACCUGCUGUCGCAUGCCUUCCAAGAGGAGGACUGCGUGUUCGAGCCCGCCCCAGCCUACCCCAACGCCCAGGCCCGAGAUCCCCGGUCUCAAUUUCUCCCCUCGCCCGACUCUGCGUGCAGCCUGUCCCCUGGGACCUGUCUCCUGGAGCAGAGCCCCCCCGUGGGGCCCACCCUGGGGGUCCGCAGCCUGUCCUACACCUCCCUGUCUGACCAGGAGGGGGCGUGUAGCUCGGCCAGCAGCAUGACCGGCUCGGAUUCUUCCGGAACAGACUCCAGCGGCCGCCGCCUGCCCAUCUUCAGCCAGCUCUCUGUCCCUGACGACGGCUUUGUUAGCGACGCCUGCAGCGCCAGUUUCUUCCUGUAGGGUGCGGGGCGUAUUGCCACCCAUCCCCUUCUGGCCAACACUGGUCUGCUGGUGAAAUAGUUUUAAAGAGACAGUGACUAUAUACCUACUGUGUAGUAUUGUAUUGUACAGGCAGAUGCUUGGGACAGAUUCACCACAACAAAUGACGCUACUGAGGGUGCUACUCAUCAAUUGAAACAGUGACGGAACCUUCCAGAAUGUCUCGUAAUGUAGAUGCCAAAGACUUGUGUAUGCCUGGUGGUCAGCUUUUCCACAAGACGGUGGGGAGACCAUUAAUAUGGUAUUUUUUUCCUAAUAUAUAUAUUUUUUUUACAUGAGCUGGGGGAAAGUUCUGUUUUCCACUCCAGUAGUGAUUACCUUCCUGACUUCAGAAAGGUAUACCUUUUUUUUUUCUUCUUCAAACUCACGUGUGUUUUAAAUGAACUCCUGUGCCCGUGAGCUGUUAGGCAGGUUCAUUUCAUUGUUCCGAGUUUCGUCAACCCACAGUCGGUUCUAUUUUAGAUCAAAAGCUUGAAUCGGUUUCCUGACUUGGCGAGUGCAGCUGGUGAGAAUGGAUCAGAGUUUUCACCUAUGUUGUUGGUUUCCUGGUCUUUGCCAAAUCAGUUUGACUUUUGCUAAAUGCAAAAUCUCCGAAGACAGGGGGUAGACAGGGGGUUUGGAUGGACCUCUCAGGCGUGUGCGCGCUUUCUAACCUUUUCUGUUGUGAUGAGUAGACCUGGGUGUGUUCUGUAGAACUGUUGUAGGAUCAGCAGAGCUCUGCAUCUCUCCUGUCUGCUUCAUCACACAACAUGACCAGCCUGUAGCCUGCGUGACCAGAAGGGUUCUGUAUGUUGUAGACCUCUCUGAGUUUCCUCAGGAGCCUAGUGGAUAGUGUGUCUGACAUUGUGGUAGCUGGUUUUCGCGAGGGUCUUUCACAUCCUAUUUAAAUGCCUUUUCGACCAACUUGUUUCCAGCAUGUUUAGAGUUAAAGCAGAAUCUUUAGUAAAUUAAUUUAUUUUUAAUGUAUUUAUAGAGAUACUUGAGUUUUUUCUGUAUUAAGUUUAAUAUAUUGUUGGGGUUUUUUGUACUUGAAAUAAAAUGUUCUUUUUUUAAA